ACUGCCGCGUCCGUCAGUUUCCUGUCAGCCGUUGACGCGACGAGAUGGGUCGGAGACAGAGAGGGAAGUGAAACUGAAACCCUUAAUUGAACACAAUUACUACGUGGUUUUACUUAAUGUGUAUCACAGUCAUGUGUGAUUCGUCUGUGAGUGUGUGUGUGUGUGUGUGUGGGAGAGCCGGCUGCGUGUCCCGUUUGAACCAUGGUGACGAAGUGUUACUAGAGGAAACCACCAACAACACAGGGAGGGUAACUUUUACUGUCUCUGAGUUAGCAUUAGCCUACAUGCUAUCAGGUGCUGAAGAAAGGGGUGAGCAGUAAUGAGUUCCUUUCAAAAAUGAAAAGUGAAAGGCAAACAGUGUUGUUUAUCCUUUAUAGAUACUAUCCCAUUUUGUUUCUAGACCAGAUGGGUUAAUUCACUUACUUCACCUUGCUUGUUUUUAAUUUAUUGAAAGGUAGACAUGUUAUCAGGAAGAUAACAUUGAUUUUUCUGUCAGAUUGCUGAUGAAAUAAAAUCAAAGAAUUGUCCACAUUAGUAUUUUUGUAAACAAAAUUUUUCCCUCUUCCAGUUUCCCAAACAAUUCCCGCCCACUACACGAUGGUAUGAAAAUGCAAAAGCUAGUUGUCAAGCCCUCUCCAAAUCAACAAUUCACAUAAAAAAGCUUUGUUUUCAGAAGUAUCUGUGCUGGUACAUACAGAGCCUAAUUUAGCUGGGUGCUACUUUUGGCUCUCAUGCAGCACCCUGUCACAUAUUUCCCGGCCCAAAACAAUAUCUGAUUGUUUUCCAGUGGUCAGUAUCAGUACUGGCUCUGAAAAUAAGCCUUAUUGUAACAAUAGUUAAACAACAAGUGCUGUAUCAGAAAUAAAAAGACACCAAAUGAUGAUAAAUGCACUGCAAAACACAGAUAAAUGACACCAAAUUUGAAUUAGUCAAAUACAAGUUUUCAUAUUUAAAAACUUAAAAUUCUAGUACAAUUGGAAAAAUAUAAACUUGGACAAGCUUCAGCUAUGUUUUGCAGUAUCACGGUGGCUAUGGAAUAGUGACGAUAUUUAAUCUAUUUGAUGUGUGUCCAUUUUUAGAGAUUGAAUUUGGCAGUAGACCAUUUCAUGAACUGAAGUCACGAUCAUACCCAAAUUUUCCCCAUUUUUAAUCAAAGUGAAUCCUAUUAUUACAUUUUGCGACUGUUGGACAAGCUGAAAAUAUGUUUUAAUCUUAACCAAAGUGCUUUAGAUAACCAUAGACUGGCUAAGAACCUUGGAUUCUUUAUAAAUGUAGUGCUUCUUUCAAGAGCAUUGUAGACACUAAUAAUAGUCAUGCUCACCUGAGGCAAAAAUACAAUUUAAAAUGUUUGUCCAUGUACUUAAACCCUGUAGAUGAGCUAUAUUAGAUGCUGCCACCAGGCACGGUGAUAUUUUCUUACCUCCUGCUGUCAGAUCUUACCCAGAAUCCAAUGAUAUCCAAAAUUCAUCCAAGACAUUUGCCAAAAAAGCUAUAAAUCAUGCUUUACCACAAUUAAAUACCACGAAUACUGGUGUUUUUGUCUUUACCUAAAUAAUCUCAUUCAGGGGCAGUACGGGUUGUGCAGUUGGUUGUUUGUGGAUUGUUUUCUAACAAAGUUUGGAGGUACAGUGCAGUGAAAGUUUCCCUUCCUCCCAACUGUCUGUCUCAGCUCUAUUUUUGGCCUCAGCUCUUUGUACUUCUCCCUCAGCCUGUCUCUUCUGUCCUCGUUUCUUUUCCAGUUGAGCUCCGUCCUCCCAUUUGUCCGUGUCAGCAAAGGAUGGCGAGGGAGAAGAGGGCGACAUCCGGAUGAGGGAGAUAGGUGUGUGGGAGACAGAUGGAGGAAGAGUAGCUACAGCCAGUUAGGAAGCUGGAGGAAGACAGUCCUCUAUCCAUCUCAACUACUUUAGUCCUCUGACAGGCACAUCCCUGAUGAAGCUGUCUGCAGCCUCUAAGACUGAAACAGGUAGCCAAGUAAGUAAAGAGAUGAUCCAACAGUGUUUUUAUGUGAACUCUCAAGACAAAGGACACUCUUCUUCUUUGACAUCUGAAGAGGGACAUGAUGAGAGUGAACUGUCUCGACAAACAAGCGAGGACUUGAGGCUGAAGUGCAUUUAAAGUUGCAUACAAAAGGCUCAUUCUGUAAGGUCCCUCUGCAUAAAAAAGCCCGAUUAAAACUUGAAGCGAUGCUGAAUAUUGUCCCACGUGCUUCUCUGAGUGCGCACAUGGAGCACCUGGAGGAGACCACGCAUAGCACAAGACUGUGACACGACGAGCUGACCUCGUGAGGUCAACCCAGACAGGAGGGGAGCUCCCACCGUCCAAUCACGAGCCUCCCCCGGGCCCAGAACGUCCGGGUCUUGGGCCAAUCAGGAGUGGCAGCGCGGAGUCAGAGGCGACAGCGAGCGCAGAUAAAAUGUUUGACUUCCAUCCAUCCUCUCAAACCAUCCCCUCAAUCCCCGCAGGAACCGUCAGCGACCUGCACUUUGGUUCGAACUGGGAUACCGACGCUUCUCCCGCCGAGGCGACCUGUUACUGAGAACCAGGGAGGCUGCGUGAAGAGAAAACUGGCGAAAACCAUUACAGCACAACAACAAAGGGAUUAAAAAAAAAAAAAAAGCGACCCGAGCAGAGAGGCAGCUCCGUCCAGAAACUGUUACCUGGCGCACGGUCAGGAUCAUGACAGCGCUCGCAGGAGGUUUACCGAGAAUGAUGAGACCGACUCCACACCAGAACUACCCGCGGGGAGGAUACUCUCUGGAGGUCUCCACUCCCUUAGGACAGGGCCGGGUCAACCAACUCGGUGGCGUCUUCAUAAACGGCAGACCUCUCCCGAACCACAUCCGCCACAAGAUCGUGGAGAUGGCCCAUCACGGCGUCCGGCCGUGCGUCAUCUCCCGUCAGCUGCGGGUGUCCCACGGCUGCGUCUCCAAAAUCCUGUGCCGGUACCAGGAGACCGGAUCCAUCAGGCCCGGAGCCAUCGGAGGCAGCAAGCCCAAGCAAACCGCUUCCCCUGAGGUGGACAAGAAAAUCGAAGAGUACAAGAGAGAGAACCCGGGCAUGUUCAGCUGGGAGAUCAGGGACAAGUUACUGAAAGACGGAGUCUGCGACAGGAACAACGUUCCCUCAGUGAGCGCCAUCAGUCGCAUCAUGCGCUCUAAGUUCGGCGGAGUGGGUGACGAUGACGAGGACGACGACGAGGUGGUGAAGAGGGAGAUGGAGGAGAGCGAGCCGCGGACCAAACACAGCAUCGACGGCAUCCUGGGAGACAGAUCCAGCCACUCGGACGAGGCCUCCGACGUGGACUCCGAGCCGGGCCUGCCCCUGAAGCGGAAGCAGCGCCGCAGCCGGACCACCUUCACGGCGGAGCAGCUGGAGGAGCUGGAGAGGGCCUUCGAGCGCACGCACUACCCCGACAUCUACACACGGGAGGAGCUGGCUCAGAGGGCCAAACUGACGGAGGCUCGAGUUCAGGUGUGGUUCAGCAACAGGAGGGCCCGGUGGAGGAAGCAAGCAGGGGCCAGUCAACUGAUGGCGUUUAAUCACCUCAUCCCCGGUGGUUUCCCUCCGUCAGCUAUGUCAGGCCUGCAGCCCUAUCAGCUGUCUGACAGCCCCUACACCCCAACUUCUAUAGCUCAAGCAGUGUCCGAGCAGCCCAGUACAGUCCACAGACCGCAGCCCCUGCCCCCCACCUCCGUGCACCAGAGUGGGCUCAGCUCGUCAGCGGCCCCUCAGGAUGGAAGCUCUGCGUACUGCCUGUCUUCUGGACGUCACGGCUUCUCAGGAUACUCAGACAGCUUCGUGGCCCCGACGGGACACAGCAACGCCGUCAACCCCGCCAUCAGCAACGGCCUCUCACCACAGGUGAUGGGCCUAUUGAACCCAGGUGGAGUGUCACAUCAGUCCCAGAGUGACUUUGCCCUCUCCCCGCUGACCGGAGGCCUGGAGCCCAACGGUGGCAUGGCCGCCAGCUGUCACGGCUCCCAGCGCCUGGAGGCUCUCCCGGGCCUGACCAGUAUGCCCACCCUGCCUAGCACCCAGUCUUACUGCCCACCUUCCUACACCUCCCCGGCCUACGCCAUGGACCACCAUCCAUCCUACCAGUACGGACAGUACAGUCAGAGCAAGGUGCCUUUCAUUAUAUGAAGCCCCCAACACGGCCGGAACAGGAGGCUUCCCAGCCGGUCUGACAUUCAUCGCCAGAGACAAACACUCCUAGCCCUGAGGACAGCGACAGAGAAUUUGAGCGAGUGAAGGGGUGGAAGUUUUUUCUCCCUCAGCAAAGGGGGAACCAGUUCAGACGGAGGUGUAGUGAUGGUGAUGGAGGGGGUUUGACCGGAAUAAUUAGGACCAAAAGGCGCAGCCUCUCCUGUUACCUGGCAGUAGCUUUGCUUGUGCGUCACGUCAUGCUCCAAGGACCAAGCCCGGUUCGUUCGUCCACGCUCAAAGAGGAAAAGGAGCGGGGUGGGGAAGGGGCAGUAAAUACAUUCAAGAUUGUGUAUUUGAUUUUUUUUGUAAUAAGCGGCAGAGAUGCAAGUUGAGGCGGACUCGGCGAGCCCACCCCCCCACGUGCUUCACUUCAUCAUGGUGUCUUAGGAAAAUAAUAUUUACUGUACAUCGAUGUGAUUCUUGUGUGAGACGUUGGAGAUGAAAAAAAAAAUGCGACUACAGCGGGGAGAACCAGCAGAAAAAGGCGGAGUGGAGUCAUAGCGAAACCACUGCAACCCAAAGAAAGUGCAAUACAUUCAUACCUCAUGUGAUGUAAAUUAACACGGAUCGAAUGCCCCCUGAUUAUACCCUCUGUCUUUCUAAUGUCACUAAUACUGGGUCGUGUGCAUUGAUCAAUCAGGGGAAAUCAUCGAGCGAUGACGAAAAUAGCGAGCGUAGUCGUGAUGUCAUGAAGCCAAAAAAUUCUCUGCCAGUGAAUACAUUAUUCAGUUGGACAGUUAAUUUUAAAUUGUUUUUUUUUUUUUGUUGUUUUUUUGCAUGUAGUAAAUUAGUUUCUCACCACAAACAUGCAAACUUUAGUUCCAUUUUAUUAUUUAUUUAGUGUUGUUAAAGUGUUCUGUCUCCUCUGUGCGUCUUGUAUUGAGCGCCACCGGGUGCUUAAGUAAGUCUUACACAAUGUUCAUUAUACAUGUUUUUUUUUUCUUUUUGUAUAAUUUCAUUUACAUUGGCAUAAAAAAAUGAUUUUGUUGUAAGGAGUUUUGUGUACAAUACAGCACUAUUUACUAUUUAUAAUAAACUGUAUAAAAAUGUAGAA